AUGGCUACUCGAAAUGAUGUCGCAGAUGAAACCCCUCCUCGAAUCAAUCCAUACGAAGUUCUCGGUCUUGAGAAAUCUGCCUCUGAAGAUGAGAUCAAACGUGCAUAUCGUAAAUGCGCUUUGAAGCACCACCCCGACAAAGCUCCAGCACAUCUCAAAUCUGAUUCCCAUACCAAAUUCCAAGAAAUCGCUUUCGCAUAUGCCAUCCUCUCCAAUCCAAAUCGUCGCAAACGCUAUGAUCGUACUGGAUCUACCUCUGAAUCUGUCGAUGCUGAUGGCUUCUCCUGGACCGAUUUCUAUUCCGAGCAAUACAAAGAUAUUGUUACUGCCGAUGCCAUUAAUGAAUUUUCCAGUUACUACAAAGGUUCUGUUGAGGAGAAGGAUGAUUUGCUUAAAGCUUAUACCGUGCACGAAGGAAGAUGGGGAAAAAUGUACCAGGUUAUUAUGUUAAGUGACCCAAUUCAGGAUGAAGAGCGAUUCCGCGAGAUUAUCGAGGAAGCAAUCAAGAAGGGUGAAGUUGAGGAAUAUGCUGUCUUUAGACAGGAAACCAAGGCUUCAAAGGCUAAGAGAAUGAGGAAGGCUAGGGAGGAGGAGAAGGAAGCUGCAAAGGCCGCGAAACAGCUAGGUGCUGAUAAAUUAUUGAAGGGAUCUAGUGGAGAUGGAGUGGAAAAAAGUAAGAAGCCAAAGAAACAGGUUCCUGGUCAUAUGGACGAGUUGGCUGCUAUUAUCCAGGCCAGGCAAGCCUCAAGAGGUAGUUUCCUUGAUGCAUUAGAGGCAAAAUAUGCGUCAGGUGGAAAGAAGUCGGCAAAGGAUUCAAGUGGAAUAGAUGAAGAGGAGUUUCAGAGAAUUCAAAACGGUUUAGGCUCGAGUAAGAGUAAAGGCAAAACCAAGGGCAAGGGGAAAAAAAGAGAAGCCGAUUCCGAGGAUGAUAUUGAAGAAGAUAAAAAGCCAGCACCCAAGAAGAAGUUAUCAAGGGGUAAGAAGAGAGAACCUGUGGUGGAGGAAGAAGUUGAAGAUGAAGAUGAAGAUAUAGAAGUGGAUGAUGGUGGUGAUGAUUAUCAAGCAGAAGAAGCAGAGGAAGAUGAAGAAGAGAUCGAGGUCGAGGACGAGGACGAGAAACUAGCUCCGAAAAAGAGAGCGAAGAAGCUAGCUACUCGGCAAUCUAAGCGCACUAGGACUGCUCGGGCAUGA